CAAACACGAAAAGUGGGCUUUGGGUUGCUCAUAUCCAAACUGACACUGUUGCCCAAAAUACAUUUUUUUUUUUUAUUCUUCUUCUAUCUCCGCCAUUUUUAUAUGCUUAAACCCUAGUGCCCCUUCUGAAAGAGUGUUUUGUGUUAAAGUUAUAGGGUGGUUGCAUUGGCUUCGAAAAUUUUGAAUAGUUUAGUUGCGAAUUAACUUUUCGGUGAAUUGAAAACUGCAAUGUUGGACGGAAGCAAAUUUGAUGUGCAUUUAAAACUGCGGGCACUUCGAAUCCCUCGCGAGCUUUGCAAGGUCGCCACCCGAAUACUAAAUGGCUAUUUACUUGAUAAGGCCCGCAUUAAACCCAUUACGGAAGAUCCAACAUGUGAAAAAAACCGUUACAUGAUAUUAUCAGAAAGGGUUCAAACUUCCGAUUUAUCUGAAAUCCCAGAACAAAAACUUGAUGAGUUGAGAGGAUUAUGCAAGAUCGAGGUAGUUCCCUAUUCAUUGACUCUUGGAUACUCAUACUGGAGUGCAGAUCAUAUUUUGAAGCAGAUUCUGCCUCCUGGAGUUGAGGUUCCUUCAUCGUUUGAAACCAUAGGUCAUGUUGCCCAUCUGAACAUACAUGAUGAAUUACUUCCCUACAAGGAUGUUAUUGCAAAAGUUAUCUAUGAUAAAAAUUAUCCAAGAAUCAAAACUGUUGUAAACAAAGUUGGAACAAUUACAAAUGAGUUCCGUGUGCCAAAAUUUGAAGUUCUAGCAGGAGAAAAUGAUAUGGUUACAGAAGUGAAGCAAUAUGGGUGUACUUUUAAGCUUGAUUACAGCUUGGUGUAUUGGAAUUCAAGAUUGGAGCAUGAACACAUAAGGAUGGUUUCUCAAUUUCAAGCAGGGGAGAUCAUUUGUGACAUGUUUGCUGGUAUUGGUCCUUUCGCUAUUCCUGCAGCACAGAAAGGAUGCAUUGUAUUUGCAAAUGACCUAAAUCCAGAUAGCGUUCGUUAUCUGAAGAUUAAUGCGCAAACUAACAAGGUUGAUGAUCGUGUUUUUGCAUACAAUUGUGAUGCAAGGGAAUUCAUUUCUCAAAUGAUGACAGUGCCAGAAUGUGCGACAGAAUUGAACUCCAGUGUCUCUACAUCAACCUACAAGCAAAAUGGCAUGCAGCUGAAUUCAGAAAAAUCAGAAAACGGAAGGCUAACUGUCAAUGUGAAAGAAGUACCAGAGGAUAUUAUAAAUAAUCUGGAGGGUAGACGAGGCUCAAGUAGGAGUUCAGAUGCAUCAGUAGCUUCAGUUAAAAGACUUUCAGAUGAAUGUCAAACAGGUAUUUCUGUUGCUGAUAGGAGAAAAGGAAGUCAAAAUAAGAGAAUGCGGGGCUCUGAGAUUUCUAACAUAAAGACCUGGGAGCAUAUUGAUCAUGUAUUAAUGAACCUCCCUGCUUCUGCCCUUCAUUUUCUAGAUGCAUUUAAGGGCCUAGUCCAGAGGAAAUAUUGGAGAGGACCUCUCCCAUGGAUUCACUGCUAUUGCUUCAUGCGGGCUAAUGAAACCCAGGAAUAUAUUAUUUCAGUGGCUGAGUAUGCCUUGAAUACCCAGGUACAAGACCCAAUAUUUCAUAGGGUCAGAGAUGUUGCUCCAAACAAGGCGAUGUUUUGUUUGAGCUUUCGUCUGCCAGAAGCAUGCUUUAGUGAAAAUGUCUCUAGCAGAAUAAAUCAUACUGCUGUUGGGGAUGGAUAAUCAAGCACGACUUCAUUCUGUUGGAAAGAUAAUUUCACAUUUUCUUUAACGGCCAGCCCUAAUUUGAUUGGUUUGGUUUCGACUUGCCCAGCUAACAGAAAAAGGAAUCAUAGAGGAAAUGAGGAAUGUGAAGACAAACAAUUCUGCCUCUGCGCGGAGAAGUAGUAAAUGAAAGCAAUCAAGACAGCUGAUCCUCCUUAGUACACAACUGUUAGUGUAACGAUAGACAAUAUCAACUAGCUUGGCGAAAAUGGAAGAUGUAAUAAUAUUGUUGGCGAUGCCUUCAGAUGAAACUUGUUUUAAAGAAUAACGUGAGAAAUCGAUAUAAAUUAACAAUAAUGGAAACCUUUAAAGGCAAACUUUUACUAUCAAAAGCAUUCGUAAUUGCUUUUCACUGA